AUGGGCGGACCACGAGUUGGAGAAGUGCAUGAGCCAACUGUGGCGCUGGGGGGUCCCCCUUCACGCCUAAUCCUCUCAUCUUUCCCCGUCUUGCGCUUCCUUUUCCCCUCCUCCUUCCCGCCCGUGCGCCAGCCAUGGGUGGAGCGCGAGCUGGAGAAGCGCAUGGGGCAACUGCUACCGCUGGUGGAGGAGUCUUUCUCCGUUGCUUCCUCCCUGGCUAAGCAAUUCGUGCAGGACCCAGCGGUGGAUGCUCUGGCGGACGAUGACGAUACAGCCUAUGCUGUUGAAGAGCUUGUAGCGGAUCUCGCUUCUAAAGGUGCAGCGGAUCUGGACGACGCGCUGCAGCAGUUUGGGUCGGAGCAGAUCGCGGAGUCGGUGGUGGCUUACUUCGAUGUGCUCAUGGCGGCCGUAGAUGGCCACCUCGAGAAAGAGGGCGAGGCGAGUGAGGGAGCGAGUGAGGGAGCGAGUGAGAGAGGGAGUGAGAGGGGGAGUGGGAGCGACGGGAGUUUCAGGAGGGGAAGGAGGGGUGCGGGGAGAGGUGGGGGAAGCGAGAGUGGGAGCCGGAGUGGGAAUGGGAGUGAGAGUGAGGAAGGGAGUGUGAUUGAGGGUCGCGAGGAGGAGGAGGAGGAUUAUGAGGGAAGAGGGGGGAUGAGGGGGGGAGUAAGGGUUGGGAUGGAUGGGAAUAGGCAUGAGAGAGGGGACAGUAGAGGGAGUGAGUCGUGGGACGAGGAAGGGGAGGAGGGGGAUAGCUAUGGGGAGAGUGAGGAGGAGGACGAGAGGGGAGGAGGAGGAGGAAGGGGAGGAGGAGUAGGAGCAGGGGGAAGAGGAGUGAAAGGAGGAGGUGGGAGGAUGGGAAUGGAUAUUGAUGAUAUGGAUGAGGAGGGGAGGCUAGAUGAAGAGGAGGGGGAUAUGGAUGGUGAUAUGGAGGAGGGGUACGGGCAAGAGGAGGGGGGAGUGGGGAGGAUGUGGGGGGAGGAGGAUCGAGGGCUAGACGUAGUAGAGGAGGAGGAUGAGGAGGAGUUGGAGGAGGAUGAGAGAGAGGGGGAGGGUAGGGGUAUGGGGAGGUUGCUGGGCGCUGGAAGAGUGAGUUUUAAAGAGGGAGGAGGGAAGGUGGUGUAUGGAGGGGAGGAGGAGGGUGGGAGUGAGGUGGAGAGUGGGAGUGAGAUGGGGAGUGGGAGCGAGAGGGGUGGUGUUAGCAGGGGGAAUAUGAGAGGCGGGAGGGUGGGGGAAGGUUCAGAAGGGGAGGUGGAAGAGGAUGAUAUGUCGAUGAGUGGUGGGGAGGAGAAGCAGAUGGGUGUAGGAAGGGAGGGGUCUGGGGACUGGACAGAGGAUGAAGAGAUGAGGGAGGGGGAGGAAGGAUUGAGCGGGAGUGAUGUUGAGGGGGGAGUGGCUGGAGGACGGGUAGGGGGUGUGGGGAUGAACGUUGGGGAAAUGCAUGGGAGUGGAAUGGGUGAGUUAGGAGGGGAAAGGGGAGACUCGGAUCAAGGCUCAUUUGAUGAUGAUGAUGAUGACGACGACGAUAUUCCCUUGGCCGAACCUGGAAGGGAGUAUCAUUCAGGUUCGGAAGAGAAUGAGGAGGGGGAAGGGGAGGAGGGGGCACGAGGUGAUGCUGGCAGUGUGAUUAUACACGAUGGUAUGAGCGCUGCUGGCUCGGCCCGAGGCUCUUUCCGGGGCUCACUCGCUGACUCGGGGUCUUUCCGAGGCUCGGUGGGAGGUUCGGCGCGAAGCGGGGCUGGGGCGUUCCAGGGUCCAGGCAUGGGGUUUCCGGAGCAGGAGGAAGGGAUAUUUGAUGACGAUGAUGAUGAUGAUGACGAUGACGAGGAUAUUCCGCUUGCCGAAGCUGGAGUUUCGGGAGAUUAUGGGUCAAGUUCGGACAGCGAUGUGGUGCCGAUUGCGCAGCCGGGAAGAGCACCGGACCUGGAUGGGGAAGGCUUGGGGGAUUCCCAAGGAGAAGAAGAUUCGUUUGGGGAGGGGGAUUCCCAAGGGAUGAAUUCUCAAGAUGAGGGCUCUCAAGAGGGCGAUUUUCAAGAGGGCGAUUCGCAAGGGGAGAGUGAUUCUCAGGAUGACGCUGGGAUGCCAGGAGAGGGUGGUUCUGUUACCCCUGACAGUCUAUCAGGGUCCGGUGAAGAGGUAGAGGAUGAUGAUGAUGAUGAGGAUGACGAUGAUGAUGACGAUGAUGAUGAUAUUCCUAUAGCCAUGGUGAACCUGUCGAGUCAAAGCAACAACAGCAGCUUCGGUAGCUUGGGGGGCAGCGGCGGUGCUGGUGGUGGUGGUGCGGGUGGCAGUGGUAAGCACGAUCUGCCACACAUCCCAGCGGCAAUCAAGGCUUUAAGAUCGCAGCAUUUCGACGUUCCCCACAAACCGCUUACCGGGUCCGGGGGGCUGGGCAGUCCGAGAGUUGCCGCCAUCAGCCGCCCGGGCGCCGCUGGUUUUGUCCGUCCCAUGCCGCCCGCUGCUGGCCGCGUCAACUCCUUCUCCGUCUUUUCCGAGCCGCCCCAGAAGCUGCCGACCAACCGGGUGAACUCGUUCUCUGGACACCGUUUGCAGGGGGACGGCGUGCCUCUAACCCCAACCCCGCCACCUCACCCGCACCCUCCCAUGUCCGAACGAGACCGGCUACUAGCCGCACGAGUUAACUCGUUUCAGAUGCGAGCGGUUAGCAGCAGUCCACGGGCGGCGGCAACAGCGAAUAGAGUCAAUUCCUUCUCGCAUCCGGCUAGUGGGCUGGCUUCCCCCCAUGCUAUGGCAGCAGGGCGGGUGAAUUCGUUUAAUGUGGACAACCGACCAGGGACUGGGGGCGGUGCAGGCGGGAUUCCGUCCUCUCCUCUGGCCAAUCGGGUGAAUUCGUUUAAUGUGGACGCGAGGGGCGGGAGUGGGAGUGGGUUUGCUGCCUCGCCGCUUGCUAAUCGGGUGAAUUCGUUCCAGGGGGUGGGGGUGGGUAUUAGGGGAGGGGGAGCGAUGGGGAUGGGUGAGACAGGGGUGGGGCAUGGGCGAGGUUCGGUUGGAUUCGGUGGUGGUAGGUUUGGGAUGGGCAUGGGAAGGGGGAGGGGAGCUGCUACUGGUGGUAGUGGCGGUUUUAAGGUUCCUUCCCAGGAUUCGUUUGGAGAAGGGGAAAUGGGAGAUGAGGAAGAGGAGGAUGAGGAGGAGGAGAAGGAAGGGAGAGGAAUGGGGAAGGGUUAUAGGGAUGGGGACAAGGGGAGUGGUGGAAGUAGCAGGAGGGGCAGUGAGAGGAGUGAAGAGGAGGAGAAUGAUGCUUCAUCAGCAGCAACGGAGGAAGGGGAGGGGAGCAGUGAGGGGGAGGAGAUGAGCGAGGACGGGGAGGGAGAUAGGGAGGAGGACGGGAUGGGGAGAGGAAGAGGGAGGUUUGGAAAAGGAGGGGAAGAGAGUGGGAGUGGGAGUGAGAGUGAAGGGGAGAAUCAAAGUGAGGGACAGAGCAGGAGUGGGAGCGAGAGGGAGAGUGGAAGUGACAGGUCUGAAUCGGAAAACGAGGAUUACGGGGAAGAAAGAUCCGAUUCUGCUUCUGCUGGUGCUGAUUCUGUGGGUGUGGGCAGGGGGCGGGGGAGAGGGAGGGGGAGAGGGAGGGGGGUGGAGGGGGUGGGCGGGCGGGAAGGCAGGGGGAGGGGGCGCGGGCGGGGCGUGGGGAGGGGGAGGGGGAGGGGGGUAACACCCGCUGGGGACGAUGGGGAGGGGGAGAGUGGAGGAGAGGAGGCAGGGGAAGGGGUGGGUAGAGGGAGGGGGAGGGGGAGAGGGAGGGGGAGGGGCAGAGGGUUGGAGGUAGAAAGCCCGGGAGCUGUGGGGAGAGGGAGGGGAAGGGGGCGGGGGAGAGGGGAGGGGUUGGAGGGGCGGGGGAGAGGGCGUGGGGAAGGGUUGGAGGGGAGAGGUCGGGGGGGAGGGUCGGGGGGAAGGGCCGGAGGGGCGAGGGAGGGGGAGGGGGAGAGCAGGAGAAGGGGGGUUGGCUGGAGGCCGAGGGCCUACAGGCAGAGCCCAACGCAGCAUGCGCCGCCGCCCCUGCCGGUUGCCCCGUCUCCUAGUGGCAGUGUGGGCGGUGCCAGGGGCGGGUCUAGCUUCCUUAAAUCUACCUCCACCGGGUCUGCCUCCCCUGGGUCUGCUGGUCCGUCUCCUGCUGCCUCUCCUGCUGCAGCUGCAGGUGUAGCAGCAGCAGUGGGGGCUGUGGGGGCAGUGGCGGGAGUAUCAAUGUCUCCCAGGCCGUUUCCACCUACGAGGGAUAGAAGGAGCGAGUCCGGAGGGGGAAGCGGUGGAGCAGGGUUAGGAACGGUGGUGGAGGAAGGGGCUGAAAGGGGAGUGGAGAUGUGGACGGGUGAGGAUGCGGCAGGGGCAAGGGGAGGGGCAGGGGUAGGAGGAGGGAGUGUGGGAGUGGGAGAGGAGGGGCCGAAGCGAGUGAGUGUGGGGGUAGGAGAGGAGGUGUUGGUUCCCCUUGUGCCCACUCCUCCAGGAGGAGCAAAGAAAAGCCCGUGGGGGAGCUUUGGACGAAGGAGCUUCAAGAGGGUUAGCAGCAGGCAGGAGGCGGAUACAGAGGCAGAGGAAAAUGGGGGGGGAGGAGGGGUGGCGGUGAAGGGAGGGGGGAAGGGUGUGGCUGGAGCGGGAGUGGUAACUGGCAUGGGUGCUGUUGCUGCAGCUGCUGUUGCUGCUGUGGGAGCCGCAGGGUUCGAGGAGAAGGAAAAGGACGAGGGAAUUGAGGGGAGGGAAGUGGGAGGAGGAAAGGGGGGAGGAGGAGAAAUGGGAUGCAGGGAUGUAAUGGCAGCUUCAGCUGUGGUUGAUGAUUUGAGUGAUAGUGAUGAGGAGGAGAGAAGGGAGAGGAUGGAGGAAGAGGAGGAGCAUGGGGAUGAGAGGAGUGUGAGUGGAGGGGAGAGUGAGGGGUCUGGAGUGGGUGGCAAGAGGAAGCUGGGAGAAAGAUUUGGGCGGCUGCCCGGAUCUCCCGGGCAGUUUGGGCCAGGUGAAUUGGACGAAGAGGUUGGUGCGUCCCCAUCUCGCCGGACCAAGCUUCAGGAUGGUUCCACAGCCGAUCAGUGGCAGCUUCGGAAGCAUGGCCAGGUUGGGGAUGCAGGUCUGGUUACAGGCUCUGCAGCAGGCUCGGCAGCUGGUCUGGUGGAAGCAGCACCUUUGCAGAGCUUCGGAAGCGUUGACAUGACAAUGGGGGAGGCUGGGAGAGACGAGGAGAGAGUGAAGGAGGAAAGGGAAAGGGAGGAGGAGGGUGUUGGAGAGGAGGAAGGGGACACUGGUUCGGAAGGUUCAGGUCCGGAAGAAGGUGAAAAGGGUGAAGAGAGAGGGGAGGUUGGGGAGGGAGAAGAGGGAGGGCUGGAAGUUUCUUGCAUAGAUCGGGAGAAAGUUGGGGGAGAGGAUGAGAGGGAGGAAGGGAGUGUGAGAGGGAGUGAGCGAGGAAGUGAGGGAGGGAGUGAGAUGCACAGUGAAUCCGAACAAGAGUCUGACCACAGGUCAGAAGGCUCGGCAGGAGGCCCGGAUCAUCACAGACGAGGCUCGGGAGACUGGACUGGUUCGGAACGAGGCUCGGAGCGAGGCUUGGGACACUGGUCUGGUUCGGAUUAUAAUGAAGAGUAUGAUGAGGAGGGUAGGCCGAUAAGUCGAGAUGGUAGGAGGCCGAUAAGCAGAGAUGGGAGACCUGAUAGCCGGGAUGGGAGGCCUGACGAAUAUGAUGAGGAGGGAAGACCGAUAAGUAGGGAUGGGAGGCCUGAUAGCAGUUAUGGGAGGGAUGAGGAUUAUGACGAGGAGGGAAGACCGAUAAGCAGAGAUGGGAGGCCUGAUAGCCGGGAUGGGAGGUGGAGAAGGGGAGAGGAGAGGUGGGAGGGGGGGGAGAGGUACAGUGGUAGUGAAGAUGGGAGUGAGGAAAGGAGUGAGAGGGGCGAGGAGGGGAGUGAGAGGGGGAGUGGGGAGGAAGGAGGCGAGUUGAGUGGGGAGGAGGGGGAGAUAGAGGAAAGAGCGGACCAGGAGUGGAGGGAAUGGGCUGCAAAGAGGGAAUCAGACGAGGAGAGGGGCUCAGAUGAGGAAAGGGGUUCAGCGAGUGAAAGGGGUUCGGAAGAUGGAAGGGGAUCGGAGGACGAAAGGGAAGCUAACGUUGCAUUGGGGGCAGAGGAAGCUGGAGGUUUUGAGGAGGAAGGAGACGGGGAGCAGCGGAGGGGGUUGAGUGCGGUUGAGAGGGAGGAUGGGGAGGACGGCGAGGAGAGAAUGCGGAGCGAGGAGAGCAAGAGGAUGGGGUUGAUGGGGGGCCUGAGUGGCCGAUUGGGUUCAGGUCUGGUGGGGCGAAGGGGAUCAGGUCUGGUGGUAGAUGUGGGUAGGCCAAAUGAUGAGGAGGAUGAGGAUGAGGAGGAGGAUGAUGAGGAGGGAGAUGGUGGUGAGCAUAGCGAGCGUAGCGAUGAUCAUAGUGAGGCUCGGGAUCAUGAGGAGUGGUCAGGUUCGGACAGAGGCUCGGCGGAAGGUUCGGAGGGUCUCAGGCUUGGCAGCGACCGUGGUUCGGCGGGUGUUUUGACUCCAGAGCUUACACCUCAGGGAAGCUGGAGGGGUGAUGACGUCACCCCCCUGGGCAGUUUCAGGGGUGAUGAUGCGUUAACUCCUCUGGGCAGCUGGGGGGGCGAAGGGGAACUUACCCCGGUUUGGAGGGGUAAAGGGGAAAUUACCCCUCAAGGAAGCGGGGACUGGGGAGAAGAGGCAGAGAGGGAGAGGGAGGAAGAGGGGGAGGGGGUUUUGACACCUGUGUUAACCCCCCAGGGCAGUUGGAGGGGCGAAAUGUCAGGGAGCGAGCGGGGGGAAGGGUCUGAAGGGGAAGGGUCUGUUAUUGAGUUGACUCAGAGGGAUGGGGCUUUAACACCUGAGUUAUCUCCCCAGGGAAGCUGGAAAGACGAGGGGGAGAGAGAGGGGGGUUUGACGCCCGAGUUAUCGCCACAGGGGAGUUGGAGGGGGGAGUUUUCAGGGAGUGGGAGGAGGGAAGGGUGGGACGGAUUGGAGGGAGAGGAGGAGGGCAGGUACGAGGAUGGGAGGGGGAGUGAGGAGGGAAGUGAGAGAGGGAGUGUGGUGUCUAGGGGUGGAGAAGAGGAGGAGAGGGAGAGGCAGUGGGAGAGUCUGAGGGAUGGGGAGGAAGAGGAGGGGAGUGUGAGAGGAGAGGACGAGGAGAUGGGGAGAGGGGAGAGUGAGGGGGAGCGUGACGGAGACAGUGAGGAGGAGGAGAGGGAGAGACAAUGGGCCAAGAUGCAUGCUGGGAGUGAGGAGGGGAGUGAGGAUGGGAGGGAGGAGGGGAGUGCGAGGGGGAGUGAGGAAAUUGAGAGGGGGAGUGAGGGUGAGAUGGAGGAGGGAAUGGAAUUGGAGGGAAUUAUGGGUGAGGGAAGUCAGAAUGAUGGGGAGGAAGUGGGAGAUGAGGAGAGAGAGAGUGGAAGUGAUGAUGAUGAUGACGAUGAUGUGGUGGUUGCAGUGGCAGCAGCAGUGCCACCACCACCAGAAGAAGGGGAUUCGAAUAGGGACGAAUAUCAAGGCUCGGAAAGAGGCUUGGAGGGCAGCUCGGAAUCCGGCUCGGAAGCAGGUUCGGAAAAAGAAAGAGGUUUGGGAGAUGAGGGGAGGAUGGAGAGCGACGAGGAGGCGGAGGAAGUGAGAGGUGUGGGCGGCGGGGGAGUGAGAGGAGAAGGGUUUGGGGAAGAGCAGGAACUUUAUGAGCAAGAGGAAGGUCUGAGUGGGGAUGAGAAGAGGGAAGAGGCGAUGGGGGAUGAGGAUGGGGACAGGCCAAGGGAGCAACGGGGCAGUGGUGAUGUUGAAGGUGGGGGUAUGAGCGAGAGCGAUGGGAGUGAUAGUGACAACGAUGUUGCUGUUGCUGUGGCCGCCCCUUCUGCUGUGGCCGCCGUUUCUGCUGGCCUUGUUGGGGUGGGGUUGGCAGUGGGAGCUUCUCUAGGAGAGGGUGGCGAGGGAGUGUAUCCUGUGCAAGGCGAUGCGUCAGUUGCUCUUAUCGAGUCUGCUUUUGACGAGAAUGGGCUUGGGAAUCAUGAGAGGGAGGAGCAGGAGGAGAGGGAGGAAGAGAAGGAGGGGCAGGAGGAGGAAAGGGAAGAUAGGGAGCUUCAGGAGAAAGAGUGGAGAGAAGGUCAUGAGGAGGAGGAGGAGGUUGAUGGGGAGGAGUCCAGUAGUGAGCGGGACAGGGAGGAGGAAGAGGAGGAGGAGAGGGGAGUAAAUGGAGUGGGCGGUGGUCUUAUGAUGGGGGGAAGUGAGGGAGGGGAGAGUGAGAGUGAGAGGGAAGUGAGUGAGGGAGAAGAGGUUGAGCGGGAGGAGAGAGAAGGGGAAGAGGAUAAGGGAGAGGGGAGUGACAGGGAGGGGAGUGAGAGGGAGGAGAGUGAGGAGGAAGAUAGUGAUGGGGAGGUGAGGAGGGAGAGGCGACACAGGUACCAUCAGAACCAGAUGGUAGAAGAUGAGGAGGAGGAAGAGGAGGUGGAAGAGGGUUACAAGGAAAGUGAUUAUAAGGAGGAGCGUUAUAAAGAGUAUGAGGAGGAUAGCGAGGGGUAUGGGAAUAAUGAGGAGGAAGAAGAGGAGGGCAGGUUAAAUGAUGAUGAUGAUAAGCGGAGUGACGUAUCUGGGGAGAGUGGAGAAGGGCUGUUUGAGGAUGGGCGGAGGGAUGAAGGGGAGAGUGAGGGGGAGAGUGAGGGGGAGGUUGAGGGGGAGGUUGAACGGGAGGAGAGUAGGGGGGAGGAGAGUGAGGGUGAUGAGAUGGAUGUGGUUGAAGAGAGUGAGAGACGAGGAGCUGGAGGGAUGGAGAGAGAGGAGGAGGAGAUGGACGAGAGAGAGGAGAGAGAGGAGAGGGACUAUGGAGACGAGAGAGAUUAUAAGGCGGAGGGUCAAGAGAGUGAAGAUAUUAAGAGUGAGGAGAGUGAGGGAGAAAGGGGCAGGGCGACAGAAGGUGAUGAAGAGAAGGACGAGGAGGAGGUUGCGACUGGACAGGUUGAUCCGGGGGAGGUGUUAUUUGUGAAAGGGGGAGAGGGUAAGGCGGAGUCAGGUAGCGAUGAUGAGGGGGAGGCGGUAUCUGUGAAGAAAACUGAGGAGGAUUUGGAGGAGGAGGGGCGUUUGGUUGGUGGUAGGACUUCGGAACGGGUGUCAGAGGCAGGUGGUUCUGAGGAAGGUAGAUCUGAGGAUGGGGAAAAUAUAUCAGAAGAUGGGGAAGGUAGGUUUGAGGAUGAGGAAGGAGAAGAAGCUUGGCAGGGAGAAGGAGAGAGAGUAGUUGGAGACGAGGAGAGGUUAGAAGGAGGAGAGGAGAGAGUGAGGGAGGAAGGAGAGAGUGGGGAGGACAUGGAGGAUAUUGAUAGUGAGGGAGGGGAGGAGAGCAGUGAGGGUGAGUGGGAAGGGAGAGGGGAAGAGUGGGAGGAGGACGAGGAGGAAAGAGAGGCGUUAGCAGCGGUUUCAGCAGCUUCGGCAGCAGCAGCUUCGGCAGCAGGUUUGGCAGCAGUGGCGGCUGCUGCUAAGGCAGCAGCAGGAAGGCACGGGGAUGGGGAUGAGAGGGAGGAGGAGGAGAGGGAGGGAGAAGUAGGGGAGGAAGUGGGUGGUAGUGCAGCAGAAUGGGCUCUCUCUGAAGGGGAGGAGGAGAAAGAGGAGGAUGAGGAGGAGAUAGAGAUGGAGGAGCGAGAGAGGGAGGAUGCGGAGAGUGAAGUGGAGAGUGUAGAUGAAGAAGUGGAACAAGGGGAGGAAGGAGGAGGUGAAGAGAUGAGUGAUUCAGAAGCAGAGGGAGAAGUGGAAGCAGAACGAACGGCUGGAACAGAAGGAGCAGAAGGAGCAGAGGGAGCAGAGGGAGCAGAGGAAGCAGAUUUAGAAACUGAUUCCUCUGGGGCCAUUGCUCUCUCUACUCGCUCCCCUCGCAGCGCCAGCUGGAGCCCCCGCUCCCCCGAUGAAGCUGGUCCCCCCCACAGUCCCCCAUCGCCCCAUCUAGGCACCGGAAGCUUAGGCUCCGCUGCUGCUGCCGCCGCCGCCGCCGCCGCCGCUGCUGAUGCCGCUGCUGCUGGUGGUGCUGCUGGUGCUGCUGAUGGUGCUGCUGCUGAUGGUACUGGCAUCACUGCUGGCGUUAUAGCUGGUGGUGCUGAUCCGUCUGGGUUCACCUUUGCCCCGCAUAAGCCUUCUCCCCAAGUCUCACUCACCCUACCCGCCCACGGCCCCCAUCCCCACCUCACCCUUUCCCCCCACGCCCCCCUCGCGCUCUCCCCCAGAGCCUCUCUGGCGCUCUCCCCGUGCCACCCCCCGUCCCCCCCGCCCCAGCGCCCCUCCCUGCUCUCCCCCAUUUCCCCCCGGGCGCGCCUGGCCACGUAUCGUGUGGCUGGGGAGGGUUUUGGGUUCGGUGUGGGGUGGAAUGGGGAAGGUGGAGAGGAGGGGAGGAGGGCCGGGUGGGCUGCUGGUGAGAAGGUGGAGGAGGAGGGUGAGGAGGGAGAGGAGAGGGAGGAGAGGGGCGAGAGGGUGGGUGAUGAUGAGGAGGUGAGGGAGGAGAUGUGGGAUGUGGAGGGGGAGGAGGAGAAGGGGGAGGAGAGGGAGGAGGACAGAGAGGAUGGGAUGGAGAGGGGCGAUGAGAGUGAGGAAGGAGGGGACGUGGAGGGGGAAGAAGAGGAAGAGGAGAGGGAAAGGGAGGCAGCAGAAGAGGAGGAAGGGGAGGAAUGGAUUGGAGAUGGAAGGUCGGAUGAGGGGAUUGAAACGAUGGUGGAGAGGGAGAGAGAGAUGGAGGAGAGUGAAAGAGGAGAGAGUGAGAUGGGGGGAAGUGCACGAGAGGAGAGUGAGAGGGGGGAGAGUGAGAGAGGCGAGGAAGAUCUGGGAGAGAGUGAUAUAGAGGAGAGGGAGGAUGGGGCGGAAGGGAGGGCGGAGGAGCGUGAAUCAGGUGACGAGGCGAGAUCAGCACUUGAUUCAACGUUUACUGCUGCCACUGCCGCCGUUGCUGUGGCUGCUACUGCUGCCGUUGCAGGCACUGCUGCCUCUGCGGCUCCUGUCUUUGAUGAUGCUGGUUCUGAGAGAGAUGACAGGGAGGGGGAUGUUGAAGAGGAGGAGGAGGUAGAGGCGAGAUCAGAGGAAGGGUCGGAGGUAGCACUAGAUUCGACUGCUGCUGCUGCCACUGCCUCUGCUGUUUUGGAUGAUGAUGUGUCUGAGAGAGAUGAAAGAGAGGAGGAUGUUGAAGAGGAGGAUGAGUACGGAAAGAAAGUGAGGUAUGGAGAGAGGGAGGAGGGUGAAAGCGAGGGAGAAGUGGGAGAGGAGGAAGAGGAAGAGGGAGCAGAGGAGGAAGAGGAGAAAGCGGAGGAGGAAGAUGAGGAGGACGGGCGAUCAGAUUCUCUUUUGUCUCCAGCCCUCACUCCCCAACCUGACGCAGACUCGGCCGAACCUCCCCCUCACGCUCGGUCUGACAUUGGCUCUGGUGGAAGGUCGGAAGGGGAGGGAGAGGUUUGGGAGGGGGAGGAAGAUGGGAGAAGAGGGAGGAGGGAGUAUGGUGAGGAUGAGAGUGGUGGGGAGGACGAUGAGGAACGGAGGGAGCGAAGGAGGGAUCUGGAUGAAGAGGAGGAAGAGGAAGAGAAGGAGAAAGAUGAGGAAGGUGAAGAGGAGGAGGAGGAGGAGGAGGAGAUUCGGGGUUCAGACAAGCGCUACGAUUCUGAUCAGCGUUACGACUCGGACCAGCGUUACGACUCCGACAGACGUAAUGGAUCGGGCAGACGUAACGAAUCGGGCAGACGUAACGACGACUCCGAAGGGUGUUACGACUCUGACAGACGUAACGGCUCGGAGGAGGAUCGUUACGACUCGGAAGAGCGCUACAGGUCGGAUCGGCGAUACAAGUCCGAGAAACAGUAUGAGUCAGAACAGCAGUAUGACUCCGAGAAACAAUACGACUCGGAGAGACAAUACGAAUCAGAAACACAAGAUGAGGGGGAUAGGCGUGGGGAGAGAAGACGAGGAGAAGAUAGGGGAGGGCUCAGGGGAGAGGAUGGUUCUGGUGGGGAGGAUGAUGAUGAUAGGUAUGAGCAUGAGGUUGAUAGGCGAGACGGGAGGGAUGAGCAGGAUGAGGAGCAGGAUGAGGAGCAGGAUGGAUAUAGGCGAAGGGAAUAUGACAGUGAUGCGUUUGGCAGGAGUGAGAGGGAGGAGGAGGAGGACGAAGAGGAAGAUGAUGAGAAGGGAGAGAGUAGGCGGUAUAGAGAGGAGACAGGCAGUGAGGGGAGUGAGAGAAGGUAUGGCGAGAAGGGUAGGGAGGACGAGGAAGGGGAGGAGGGAGAGGUGGGCAGAAACGAGGAGGAGGAGGAGGAGGAGGAAGAGGAGGAUAGUGACGAUGAUAGCGAUGAAGCGCCGUUGGCGUUGGCUGCUGAUCCGAUAGCAGCUGAAGCUGUGGCGGAGGGACGGCGACUCGGAAAGCGCGAGCGGAGGGAGCGGCGGGCGCGGCAGCGGCAGCAGGAGAUGGGGCAAGAGAGGUACGGUGGAGAGCGGUACGGAGGGCAUGAGAGCGAUUCCUCUGCCAUGGAAUGGCGGACGGAGGAGGAGGAGAGGAGGGCGCGAGGAGGGGUGCCAGCAGGAGUGCUGGUUCUGGGAGGGACGGUGGUGAAACUGACAGGGACCGGAGCAGGGGACGAGCCUUUGACGUCGGAUGCAGGUGCAGGGGGGCUGGGAGCGGUUGGGGGAGGUAGAGCGGGGUUGGGUGCGGCUAUGAGGGAUGGAGUGCUGGUGGUUCCUGUGGUGGACGAAGAGGGAGGGCCAGGGAGGGCGGUGGGUGGGAUGGGUGGUGACGGGGAGAACAAGUAUAACCUUGACCCGCGCUUCCCAGAGCGGGAGGAGUUAGAGUCUCCUGCUGUGGUGAUUGCGCCUGGCCCUGGAAUGUUUGAUAUGGGAGCGGAUGAGGCAGGUGGAGAGGGGACAGCAGAGCAGGAGGAGGAGGAAGAGGAGGAGGAAGAGGAGGAAGAGGAGGACGAGCAAGUGGGGAUGGAGUCUAUGCAACCACUGGGAGGGGGGUACAACGAUUGUGAUGCUGUUACGGAUAUCACGGCUGUAACAUGCAUGACCGAUGCUACAGAUGCAGACAGCCAAGUGCCCCUGGCGCAAGCUUAUAAAGAGUACGACGCUGCUACCGAUAUCACAGGUAUUACUGCUAUGACUGAGGCAACAGAUGCUGAGAGUCUGGUGCCUGUGGCUUCCCCUAUCCGCAUGCCUGUGGUGGCCGCUGCUGCUGUGGGUGCUGCUGCUGGCAUUGCUGCUGGUGUUGGUGUGAGGGACGAGGAGGACGAGGAGGAAGAAGAGGAGGAUGAGGAGGAGGAGGAGGAUGAGGAGGAUGAGGAUGAUGAUGUUCCAGUAGCGGUGACCUCAACGCUCCUAUUGCCAUGCCUGCUCGCAGCGUUUCGAGGCGAGAAACGGAGGAGGAGGUUGCGGAGGAGGGAGAAAAGGGACGAGGAGAGAGAAAUGGAGGAGAGAGAAAUAGAAGAGGAGAGAGAAAGGGUAGAGGAGAGAGAGGGAGUAGAGGAGAGAGAAAUGGAAGAGGAGAGAGAAAGGGAGGAGGAGAGAGAAAGGGUAGAGGAGAGCGAAAGGGAAGAGGAGAGAGAAACGGAAGAGGGGAGGCAAUGGGAAGAAGAGGGAGAGGAUCAAGCAGAAAGCGUGGGGGCAGAUGAGGAGGUGGAUGAGGAGAAGGAGAAGGAAGAGGAGGUAGAGGAGAGAGUGGAGAGAGAGGAGAGAGAGGAGAAGUCAGAGGAGGAGGAAGAGAAAGACGAGGAAGAAAACGAAGAUGAAGGGGAGGAGGAAUGGUCGUCAGACGAAGCAGGAGAGGACCGGGACUCGGUUGCUGAAUCAAUGCAGCUUGGGGGGGCACAAGGGGGAGCAGCACGAAUGGAUUCUUUGGAAAAAAGGUCUUCCAGCGGCAGGAAGCACCAGAGGAGUCUGAGUGAGGCUAGUGAUGCUGAUACGCCCCUGGCCAUGCCGGUCGCAGUGGGAGGGGCGCGGCAGGGGGCAGGGGAGGAUGGGGCGUCGGAGAUAGGCGAUGGGGAGGAGUCGGAUAUUGGCGUGCCGAUCGCCAUGCCUAUGGGUCCUACACCGAAAAGACGAGCGGAGGGCGCAAGGCGUGGUGGUGUUGGUGCUGGUGGUGGCAGUGGUGGUGGAGAGGAGGAGGAAGAGGAGGGAGAGGAUGGGGAAGGGAGAGGGGGGCGUGCAAUGGAUGAGGAGAGUGAGCUGGACGCUCCCAUUGCAAUGCCGUUAGCCAUGAGAGGAGCAGGCGGGAGCAGGAGGACCAGCGGCGACAGCAGCGGUGGCGGGAGUGGAGGCAUUGGGAUGGGGCAUGGCGGUUGGUCGGGCAGUGGUGUUGCCGAUGCCAUCCGGGCCGGUGUGAUAGAUGAUGAUGGGAUGAGCGUUAUGUCUAGCGAGCUUGGCGCGCCUAUCGCCAUGCCUGUCGACGACAGCUUCGGCAGGACGCCCGGGGCUACGGACGAGGCUCGGCGGCAAGCGCCGAACCAAGGGGCUCCGGCGCAGGUUCGGGCUCUAGCUGCGGAAGGCCUCCGAAGCGGAGGACCAGGUUCGUCCCAUUCCUCCCCGAGGGGUGCAGGGCCGGGAUCGAGAGCCUCGUCAGCAGCAGGAUCCCCGAGGGAGAGAGGGAGACUGGAGAGCCAACGCUCGUCUUCUUUCAAAGUUCCUGUUCGAACCUCGAGCCUGCACUCCGAAGCAGCAGCGCAGGUUCGGCACAGCCCUGGGAAGGACACAGACACAUCAGCAGACGGCGCACAGGUGGCGCGUGGCGGGUCCUUAUCCAGUCGCCAGGCUGGCAGCCACGCUGGCAGCCAGGCUGGCAGCCGACCGGGGAGCUUAGCUGGCAGUCCUAACAGCAGCGGGCGUCUUGCUUCUGGUGCUGCUGCUGGUGCUGGUGGUGGUGGUGGUAGUGGGAGGGUGGCAGCAGGAGCAAGCAGCCUCGGGCCUGGCAGUGGUGCUUCUACCCCAACAGCUGGUUUCUUAGGUGCUGCUGGUUCGCCUUCUGCUGCUGCAACAUCUGCUUCGGUCACUCCUCAUUCUGUCACACCGCUCUCAGUCACACCCAAUGGCGAGGGUGCUGCUUUUGAUGCUCCCGAGCCUGCAACACCAGUCGCGCAACCUUAUCCCGAACCUCCAACUCCCAUAGCCCAACCUGCCGCGUCUUAUCCCGAGCCUCAAACUCCCAUUGCCCAACCUGCCAACGACUUUCCCGAACCACCCACCCCUGUUGCUCAACCUGCCCAGCCUUACGCCGAACCUCAAACACCCAUCGCCCAACCUGCCGAGCCUUAUGCUGACGAGCCUCCAACUCCCAUCGCCCAACCUGCUGAGGCUUAUGACGAGCCUCCGACGCCGAUCGCGAAACCUGUCUCCCCACCCAAGCCUGCUCCUGCUCCCGAACCUGCUCCCGAGCCUGCUCCUAAACCUGCUCCUGCUCCCGUUAAAGCUCCUGCUCCUGUUGCUGCUUCUAGUUCGACUGGGAUAUCUGCUUCAGCUGCUGAAUGUGCUGCCAGUGACGCAGAGAGUGGGAGAUUGUGGGAAGACGAUGCAGCAGGGGCUAAGCGGCUGGCUGCUGCUGCUGGUGCUGGGAAGAAGAAAAAGAAGAAGUCCAAGUGGUUCAUGUGCUUCGGUCCCCCGUCUGCUGUUGACGACUAG